AAAGAAGACAAAGAAGCAGAAGAAGAAGAACCAUAGCAACGGUUAAACAAAGAUGGCUACCGUAAUGGUUGUGUUCUGGUCCAUUUCAAAUGUCUUUAUUUAUUAUUUACUCUUGUUUACUGCUUUCAGUAUUAGCGAAAACACAACGAACUAUGAAUUGAAUACGACUGUGUUUGGUGACCAGGGUGUCAUCUUUAACAGUACGGACAAUAACACAACCACGCAGCCUACAGAGUUUCACUCAUCAACUCCGACACCGGCCUACAGCAGCGCACAGGGACCGGUUCUUGCGACUCUGCCCGCUGAGCCACUGCCCGUUUCCGGCCGCCUGCUUACUCCCGUCACCACCGUUGACAGAUUGUGUCCCUGCGAUGAGAACACGGAUGUGUGUGACAUCAACUGCUGCUGUGACACAAGGUGUGGUGAGCAGGUGGCUCUGUUCACCGGCUGCUCGGUGGACUCCGUCAGUAGCAACAAGCGGCUGUGCAGCCGAGAUGUAGCGUCCUACUCUUUAGGGAUGACAAUAGAUGGCUACUCAGAGCUGCAGUCGUCUGUCCAGAAAGACACUAAUUAUGAUGUCUUCUGCAUUCAGUCACAGAACCGUGUGGACGGAUUAUCUUAUCCCUCACCUGCUCUUCCAACUGACAGCAACUUUGACUCACUCUUUAAGCAAUUUACCAGCUUUAUUUUUGGCUCAGAGGAGAAAGGCGGUCAGGUGUCCACUGCAGAGCUCCAGGGCUUGUUGGGAUACCAGUAUGGGGAUGUGAUGGUGACAGCAGGGGGGAGUGGAGACAGAGGGCAGUUCUGGCUGCCAGCUCCUGGUGUCACGGCUGACUGCGUGGACACUAGUCCAGCAGCGUUCCUAAAGGAUCAGAGCAGUCAGUGUUCCCGGCAUGUGGUCCUGGAGCAGGACUGCAGCACUCAGCAGGCCCUCAGCAUGGACUCCUACACCAACAUCCAGCUCUUUGCUGGGAAGAAUAAAGAUGCAGCAGUUGUUCCUGUGGAGGUGGCUUCAGUCGUCCUCCAGUCUGUAAAUGGGGCUCAGACUGAGCUUGAAAUCAGUGGUGGAGAUGACCUCCACCCUGUUCUCCUGAACCCAACCCUCUGUGCUAAUGUGGUGCUCAAGGUUGUCUAUGUGAUUAAGUACAACCCAGCAGGUGAGAUAGUGAAUGCGACCGUGUCUCUGGUGCUUGGAUUUGCCCAUGAAACAUUGCUGUCCCUGCAACAGGAGUUUCAUAUCACGUUUGUCCAGGAGGAUGUGAAGGAGCCGGCUGUCCACUACAGUGGAAAUCCAGGUUAUGUGGUUGGAUUUCCUCUUGUGUCUGGAACAAGAAGAGCAGAUGGGAUUGCUAGAAGUAUUGACCCCAGAGACACCCUGUCUCUUCUCCACAGUGCUGAGCAUCAGGACUGUCUGCAGGGACCACAUAAGCGCUCCCCAGUCCUGUUUGGUCUGGACUUUGUGUCUGGCUGCACUUUAAGACUGGAGGAUGCUGCCAACUGCUCCCUGGUCUUCGAAACUCUUCUGGACAUUCUGAGAGGACCGAACUAUCCCCAGUAUGUGGCUUCCUUUGGAAACUCACCAUUAAGCUAUCCACUGGACUGGGUGCCAAUCAAGAGCAAUUUCAAUCCUGGGGAAGCACAGAGUUGCAGCAUCCCAGUGUCCCUUCACUUAGAACUGGAAUGGACUAAAUAUGGAUCCUUGGUGAACCCACAAGCUCAGAUUGUGAGCGUCAGAGAAGUAAUCCAAACCAACAUCACCAGUUUGGCCCAGUUAUCUGGAGGCAGCAACGUCCUGUCAAUCAGGAGCUCAGUGGCCUUCAUACCAGUUUCUGCUGCUGCUACUCCUGGUUACAGGGCCAAACCCACCAUCAAUGCCAAACUGCCCUCUGACUUCUUUUUCCCUUUUGUCUGAACUGACCGUAAGGGCACAUACACACCCGGUAUGUGGCAUUUAUAACAACUAGCACUAUGUGUACGAUCAGUCUGUCACUGUAUAUUGUGUGAAUACUGUGUAUAAGAUUUUAUAAGAUAAGAUUAUUUAAUAAAUGUUUUUAAAUAAUUC